AUGGGAGACUUCCUCUCCAAUCUCUGGGAAUCAGUCUUUGAAGCCGGUCCCACGCCGACGCUCCUCGUAGCAACAAAUGUGACGUUCGGAGCUCUUCAGUUCCUUCUAGCAGGUCUUCUCAUCGCAACCUACAGCAUCCACUUCGCCAUCUUGUCGCUUCUAUGCGGAGGACUUUGGUAUUCCAUCAACUGGUUUGCAGCGGAAAUCCAAGCCGCCCAGGCAAAGGAAGCGGAAGCAGAACGCUUGAGACGCAGGAAGAGCGACAGGUCGCCGGGCAAGGGCGGGGAUGGAGGGGUUGAUGCCGACGAUGAAGGAGAGGAUACCGAAGUGGAGGGCGGUAUGAGAGACAGUACGGCGAGUCUGGAGCUUGGAGGUGCGAGUGAGGAUGAGAGGGUAAAGAAGGAGAUACAAGAUGCCAUGAAGAUGCCUCCGCCUAAUGUUGCGGCUACCGGGAAGACUUACGCUGCAGCAACAGGGUCGCAGGCCAAGGCAGGAGCUAUCGAUUCGAGGCAUCGGCGACAGGGUGACGGGGACAAGAGCGCGAGUGAGAUCAGUACGGAUAGUGAGUGGGAGAAGGUGGAAGAUGGUCGAUGA